AUGGCAUGGCAAAAGAAUCAGACAUCAAGGAGUGAUUUUGUCCUCCUGGGUCUGUUUCAUGGCAACCAGGCUCCUUGGGUCCUCUUUGCACUCCUCGUGUUGGCGCUCCUGAUGGCCCUGUUUGGAAACACCACAAUAAUCCUGCUGGUUAGGGCCGACCCUCGUCUCCACAACCCCAUGUACUUUCUGCUCGGCCAGCUAUCCCUCAUGGACCUCUUGUAUAUCUCCACCUUCGUUCCCAAAAUGGCCCUUGACUUUCUGUCUGGGAACCAUCACAUCUCCUUCAUUGGUUGUGGAGCUCAGCUCUUUCUCUUCAUGACGCUGGUGGCUGCAGAGUGUUUCCUGCUGGCUGUCAUGGCUUAUGACCGCUACGUGGCCAUCUGCCACCCGCUGCGCUACUCCAUCCUUGUGCGCCCUGGCAUCUGUGUGCUCAUGGUGGUUGGGUCCUGGGUGGGCGCACUGCUCAAUGCCCUAAUCCACGUAGUCUACACACUGACUCUUCCCUACUGCGGCUCCAGGGAAAUUCACCAUUUCUUUUGUGAGAUCCCAGCACUGCUGAAACUUGUCUGUGCUGAAACUUCCCGGUAUGAAAAGGGUCUGUUUUUCAGUGGUGUUGUUUUUCUCCUCCCUCCCAUCUCAGCCAUCAUAGCCUCCUACGGAAGGAUACUCUCCACGGUGAUGGGGAUAGGGUCAAGCCUGGCCUUCAGGAAAACCUUGGCUACUUGCUCUUCUCAUUUGACCGUGGUGUUUCUGUUCUAUGGAGCUGCUAUCAUCAAAUACCUUCUGCCAAAGUCUUACCACUCCCCUGAGCAGGAUGAGGUGGUCUCCGUCUUCUACACCAUCCUUACGCCCAUGCUCAACCCCCUCAUCUACAGCCUGAGAAACAAGGAUAUCACUAGAGCCCUCAGAAAACUUUUCAAAAAAUGA